AUGCCACAAAGGUGUCCAGGCCCGGUCCUUGGGCCAAGGCUGAGUGAGGGGGUAGUACGACGAUUCCGGUGCCAGGCUGCUAGCUUGCUAGUGCGACAAGCCGACCGAGGGCGAGGGCAGAGGCAACACUCCCGUCGCGUCAUACUGCUAAUGUCUACUAUGUGUUCUUCAGAAGCUAGGGCGUACCCCAGAAGCGACGCGCAUUGUCCUCGCCCGGGCAAUGUGGCAAAUAUGCGAGGGCUACCGGCUAGAGGACGGAGCCGGCCAAAGAAGCUAGUUCGCCAUCGCCAGCAACAUCCAGUGAGCUUGGCAACACUUAACGUUGGGACGCUUACUGGAAGAAGCCGUGAACUGGCAGACAGUCUCAGAAAACGCCGUGUUGACAUAUGUUGUGUACAGGAGACUCGCUGGAAAGGCUCCAAGUCAAGGGAAUUAGGCGAUGGCUACAAACUCAUCUACCACGGCAUAUCAAAUCGCAAUGGCGUUGGUAUCAUAUUGAACGAGUCGUUUAGAAAUAGCGUCACAGCGGUGGAUCGACUAUCAGAUCGCUUGAUGGCUGUAAAAGUAGAUACAGGAGAAGUGGAAUUGCGAGUCGUCUCUGCUUAUGCGCCACAGAUGGACUGUAGUGAAGAAGAGAAGGCGUGCGCUUGGGAAGAUCUGGAGCAGUACGUCCAAUCCCUGGAAGGCGAAGAAGUACUUCUAAUCGGAAGAGACUUCAACGGACAUGUCGGUUCUCGGAAAGACGGGUUCGAGAGUUGUCAUGGUGGAUACGGUUUUGGAGCUCGCAACGACGACGGGUUGCGAAUCCUGGACUAUGCUGUUGCAAGUGACUUGAUCAUUGCUAACAUGCAGUGUCGGAGAAGAAAAUUGCAUUUGAUCACGUACACCAGCCGCGGUCGUGAAACACAAAUAGAUUUCUGGAUGUUACGCCGACGAGAUCGCCGACUUCUGCAGGAUUCAAAAGUCAUCCCUACAGACCAUGUCGCUGCCCAACACCAUCUGCUCGUUAUGGACUUGAAAAUCUCCCGUCCAAGGAAGAGACAUCCAAGAACUGAAACACAGCGCAUCAAAUGGUGGAAUCUGAAGGAUCGAAAGGAGGUAAUUUUUGCGUCCGUGGCUCCAUCUGCACCUCUCCACCCUACUCGUAGUGUGGAGGAAAUGUGGUCGUCUAUUUCUAGCGUUAUACGCUUGACCGCGGAGAACACUCUGGGAAAGACGACUCUAGGUAAGCCCAAAGUACAAAAGGCUACGUGGUUUUGGAACGAGGAAGUUCAGGCGGCGAUUCGUGAGAAGAAGUCCAGGUAUAAGCUCUGGUGGGGGACACGUCAGCCUGAAGAUCGGGAUGCUUACCUAGCGGCGAAGAGGGAGGCUAAGAAGGCAGUCUCCAAGGCGAAGUCGGACCGCUACAAGGCUGUGUACGACAUGCUUGAUACUAGAGAAGGCGAACGGGCAGUGUAUCGUUUAGUCAGAGGGCGACAUCGCUCAACGUUGGAUAUGGAACACACCAAGAUCGUUAAGGGAGCUGAUGGAGCCGUUCUGCGCCGCCCUGGUCAGAUCCUGGAGAGGUGGCGAGAUUACUACAAUCACUUAUGUAACGAAGAGUUCUGUCAUCCUCCCAUCCCAACCGUUCCCAGCGUCGAGGGUCCUGUUCUACCAAUUACUGCCGUCGAAGUCAGGGCUACCCUCGCAAAAAUGAAGUCGAACAAGGCAACCGGUCCUGACAUACCUGCUGAUGUUUGGAAGCUGCUAGGAGAUCGAGGAGGGACGGACUCCAGACGUUUGGCAAACUUCCGUGACCGUGCCUGUCUGGAAAGGAAAAGAGACAUUGCUGACUGCACUUCGUACAGGCCUAUACGACUGCUGUGCCAUACGAUGAAGGUUUUUGAGCGUGUCCUGGAAGCUCGUCUGAGGAAAAUUGUUAGCGUUUCACUCAACCAGUGCGGUUUUGUGAAGAACUGCAGCACUAUAGAUGCUAUCCAUGCUGUCCGUAUUCUUCUGGAGAAACAUCGAGAGAAGAACCGCAGUGUGCAUCUUGCUUUUCUCGAUCUCGAGAAAGCUUUCGACCGUGUCCCACAUGAGCUGUUAUGGAUGUCCAUGAAGUCGCAUAGAGUACCAGAGGAAUAUGUGCGGUGGGCAAAGCUGCUUUAUGCGAAACCUACCAGUGUUGUCCGAUGUGCUGCUGGAACAAGCAGGCCAUUCCCUGCACAUGUAGGAGCUCACCAGGGUUCAUCCCUCUCACCCCUGCUGUUCAUACUGUGCAUGGACACGAUAACGAAGGAAAUCCAGAAGCAGCAUCCGUGGACUCUACUCUUUGCCGAUGAUGUCAUGCUCGCGUCGGAGUCUCGAGGUGAUCUUCAGAAACAAUACAUGGAGAGCGGACCAAGGAUAGAGGAUGGUUCAAUUCGUGUCGAUGGCACCGAAUUAAACAAGGUGAACUGUUUCAAGUACCUUGGAUCCAAAGUGACUUCCACAGGCGACAUUGAUCAAGAAGGUAGAUCACGUGUUAAUGCUGCAUGGAUCAAAUGGAAAAUGGCAACAGGGGUGCUGUGCGACAAGAAAGUCCCUGUUCGGCUGAAGUCGAAGAUCUACAGGACGGUUGUGCGUCCUGUUGCCCUUUACGGAUGCGAGUGCUGGCCGACGACGAAAGCCUUGGAAAGAGUGCUGCACGCUAUGGAGAUGCGGAUGUUGAGGUGGACGAUAGGUGUAACGCUAAAAGAGAAAGUAUCCAACGACAUUGUGCGCUCUAUCUUCGGCGUCGUCCCGAUAACUGAGAAGAUGAAGGAGGCCCGACUGAGAUGGUUCGGUCACGUCUUGCGGCGAGAGGAAGAUUCUGUUGCCAAAACCGCACUGAAGCUCGACGUUUCAGGAGUGAGGUCGCGUGGGAGGCCAAAGAUUCGCUGGUUAGACCGUGUGAAGCUGGAUAUGAUAGAUGCGCGUUUAUGUGCGGCUGAUGCAAUGGAUAGAGCCAAAUGGAAGACAAGAAGCAGAAAGGCGGACCCUGCAACAACGCGGGACAGAAGAAGAAGAGGGUGCUGA